AUGUCUGAUCAAGUAAUUGAAGAAGAACCACAUAUAGCUAUAUUAGUAUUAGAUACACCUAUACCUAAAAUAAGUGAAGUAUAUGGAGAUUUUGGAGAUCAAACGAUAGAAUUAUUAACAAAACCUUCUACUCCACCAUAUCAAUUAAAAAAAUAUCAAUUGAAAAACGAUAAUUUAGAAGAAUUAGAAAAAGUUUAUGAAAAAUUAAAGAAAAAUAUUCAACUGAAUUUAAUUCAUGGAUUUGUACUUACGGGAUCAGGAUGUGACGCAUUUGGUGAAUACAAGUGGUUAAUUCGAUUCAAAUCUUUUUUAAAAAAUGUUAUUAUAAAUUUACAAAAACCUAUAGUGGGGAUAUGUUUUGGUCAUCAAAUAUUGGCGUUAGUAUUGGGUUGUAAAAUAGAUAGAAAUAAUGAAGGUUGGGAAUUAGGUAUAACUACAAUCAACUUAAAUGAUGAAAUUUACAAAAUACCAAAUUCUCCAUUUUUGGAAUUAAAUCAAAGACAAAAUAUAGAUUCCUUAGAUGAUCAAGCAUUGGUACUUUUUGAACACUUAAAUUUAAUUGAAUUUCAUCAAGAUAUUAUAUAUGGUGGUAUUCCACAAGGUUUUGUAAAUUUCGGCUCGACUUCAAAAUGUUCAAUUCAAGGAAUGAUCAGUCUACCACAACAACCACAACAAUCACAACCAAUAGAAGAAAUCAAAUUAAAAACUACAAAUUAUAAAAUCUUGACAUUUCAAGGACAUCCUGAAUUUUCAACUCCCUUUGCAUUAGAAUUAUUGAAAUAUAAGUUUGAAUUGGGUCUUUUAGAAGAGAAUCAAUACGAAAAGGCUAAAUAUCAUACUAUGAGUUUAAAUAAUCAAGGUGAUUUGAUUGGGAAAGUCAUUUGUAAAUUUUUGUUCCAACAAGAUGAUAAAACUGUAUAA